AUGCAAAUAGAGGAAGACAAGAGCUUCAAGUACUUGUUUGUGGCACUAGAUGCUUCAAUAAAAGGAUUGAAGAAGUGCAAACCUAUAAUAUUUGUUGAUGGAACUUUCCUUAAAUCAAAAUAUGGAGGUACAUUUCUCUAUGCCUGUACACAAGAUGGAAAUGGACACAUUUUUCCCCUAGCUUUUUCUGUUGUGGAUUCAGAAAACAACAGCUCAUGGCAAUGGCUUUUCACAAAACUAAGGGAAACAUACAGGAUCAGACAGGAACAGUGCUUGAUCUUAGACAGACAUGAGAGCAUAAUUAACGCAGCUGCUCAAGUAGUUCCAAAAAUAACGCAUGGCUAUUGUGUAUACCAUCUGUUAAGCAACCUGAAAGCAACCUUUAAGAAGAAUGCAAGAAAGAUCGAUAAACUAUUCUUCGCAGCAGCAACAACAUACAUAGAGAGGAAAAUUGAAUACCAUAUGAGCGAGCUGGACAACUUGGACAUUUGUGUUAGACCAUAUUUACAACAAUUUGGAUACCAUAAAUGGUCAAGAUACCACAGCAAACACAACAGGUAUUCAACUAUGACUUCUAACAAUGCUGAAUCUCUAAAUGCAGAAAACUUAGAAGCUAGAGAACUACCAAUCACAACAGUAAUGGAGUCAUUGAGAGCUUUGAUACAACAAUGGACAUAUACAAACAGGAAAAAAGCACAGAAAACCACAACAUUUUUGACACCUACAGUAGAGAAGAAGCUAGUCAACAACUUUGUGGACUCAUCGACAGAAAAUCUAAAGCCAAUAAACGAGAGCAUGUUCGAAGUGGUAGAACUAACAAGAUCAUGGGUGAUCAAUCUAAAGGAGAAAACAUGCAGUUGCAACCAAUUCCAAAUUGACGAAUUACCGUGUGCUCAUGCGCUUGCUGUGAUAAAAGAGAUGAACUUGAAUGUUUACAACUAUUGUUCAAAUUAUUACACAACAAGAACAUGGCUUGAAACAUACAGCGGCUCAACAUAUCUGGUGCACAAUCACACAGCAUGGGAUGUACCACAGAACAUAAAAGAUAUCCUUGUUCUACCACCAAACCAGAAAAUAAGAUCUGGAAGACCAAGGAAAAGAAGAUUUAUAGCUGAUUGGGAUACAUAA